UAUUUUUCUGCUUUCUGAUCACUUACUUAGUACUCUCAACUCUCUACUCUUUACAAUCGCCUUUGACGUUUCCUUUUUCAUCUUCCCGUUUGUGAGGCGAUAUUGCACGUGAUUCCAAGAAUCAAAAUGCAGCUACAAAUACGUGGACAGCAGCACCAUGUCAUUGAGUGUGAAGGCAAUGAGACCAUUGCCCUAAUCAAGGGCCGAGUGGCACAGUUGGAACAGUUGCCCAAGGAGCUGUUGAGCCUCUACAACUGCGGCAAACCUCUCACUGAUGACUCCUGUGUCGCCCAGCUCACUGGCGACUACAGCAUCGAUGUCACCAUUCCACUGCUCGGAGGUAAAGUUCACGGUUCCCUUGCUCGUGCCGGAAAAGUCAAAGGACAAACCCCGAAGGUUGAAAAGCAAGAAAAAAAGAAGAAGAAGACUGGACGUGCCAAGAGACGUAUCCAGUACAACAGGAGAUUUGUCAAUGUUGUGCAGACAUUCGGACGCAGGAGGGGACCUAACGCUAACUCAUAAAUAAAAUGUUUUAAUAAUAAUAAAACUGUAACCAUAAUAAUAAACUGGUUAAUUUUUA